AUGAUCUUUCCGGGGGAGAUUCGCCUCUUUGCGAGUACAUCUUCUCCUCCCUUUAACUGGUUGAUUUGCAAUGGUGCUCUGCUAGCACGAAAAGAGUAUUCUACAUUGUUCCAAGCCAUUGGUACACUCUGCGGAAGGGGAGUUGAAGGAGAGACCUAUUUUCGUUUGCCCGAUCUUCGUGGCCGAGUAGCAUUGGGUGCUGAUGAGUUAGGUGAUCACGUUGCCCAUACAAAAUAUGUGGGCAAAGUAAGAGGACACUCAGUACAUGUUCUCACUGUUGCUCAAAUUCCAGCUCACGUACAUCAAUCCGGCACUCUCAAUGCUCGCCGUGGUGGAGAGCAUACGCAUUCUUACGACUAUCCGGGACACAAUCAUGGAGGACAUACAGGAUCAAAUCAUUUCGCGCAUGGAGGCAGCCGGGGUUGUGGAUCGAAGGGUGAAUUCCUUGACUGGAAGCAUCACACACACACAAUUCAGACUGAUCGAACAUGGAUAAUGAUUCACGCUGCAGGAGCCCAUGGUCAUUCAAUUGAUGGUACAACAGCUGCUGAAGGCCAGGGACAACAAUUUGGUAUUAUGCAUCCGUAUCAGACCGUUGACUAUAUUAUAUAUGCAGGAUCGGAUUUGACAGCGCCUGCUAUGGAGUAA